UAUUCCUCGUAAUCCGCGCCGCGGAUCGUCCGGAGCGGUGAGUCAGGAACAAGAAGAGCUUCGUCAAGUCUCGUAUCAGGAAUACGGAUCAGAGUUCUCGUCGGUGUUGUUCCUCGUUCAUUCAUCGUGAGUGAAAAUGGCGUCCUUGGCGGGUGUUCGGCUGUUGGCGAGGAACACCGGUUACUUCAGAAACUCAUUCAGUCGGUUGCGAUGCACGAGUAGUGCACUCGUUCAGAUGCGAUGUGAGCAGAGGUUGUUGCAUCGUGCCGCGUGGACAACGCUUGUCGUACCGCAGGUAAAAUGCAAUCGUGGAUACUGUCAAGAUGUUACUAAACAGAAACCAAAAUCGAUUAAGGAUAUCGAAGAGCGCGUAUUGAAGGCUGUAGCCGUUUAUAACGACGCCCUUGUAGAAAAGCUGACCUUGGAUUCGCAUUUUAUGGAAGACCUGGGUCUGGAUUCCCUGGAUCACGUGGAGAUCAUAAUGGCGAUGGAGGACGAGUUUGGCUUCGAGAUUCCAGACAUGGACGCUGAGAGGUUACUGAAACCUAAGGAUAUAGUGCGUUACGUAGCGGACAAGGAGGAUAUAUAUGAAUAACACGCCUUGUAUUACUUACGUCUACGCGUUUAGUCAACAUCCGCCGUUGUUUCGAUUGGAAAUAACGGAUCACAGCGUUUUAUCCUACCGCCAUUGUUUUUUUCUGUAUAUAGACCUUAUCACUAUAUGAAUAAAAAAUAAGCGAAUUGUUACAUCGAAUUUCUCUUAUGUGCGUAUGCAUCCUAAAAAAUUGUAAG